UUUUUCAGGAAAAAGAUGGCGGUACCAUCAACUUCUAUUACGACGUCGUAUGAUGUUAGAUCUUUUCUGGAUAAAAGACUACGAAGUACCUUAAGCUUAGCUUCUGCUCAUACCUCAGCUAUGUCCGCUUUUCGCUCCUCGCGUAUCCCUCUUUCUCUCUUGCACAAGCCCUUUUUUAUUCCUCUCAAAGACCCUUCUAUUCUCUCUCUAGCUAGCCAAAUCAAAACCCACAAGACCCUAUCCAAUAAACCUAAAAGACCCAUCGUUACAGCCAAAUCCAACGGCGACGACUCAGCAGAUGCCGGCGACCGGAUAAUCUCUGCCGUCUGCUACUUCUACCCAUUCUUUGAUGGAAUCCAGUAUGGUAAAUACGUCAUCACUCAGUUCUCUCCCAUUCAAACCCUUAUUCAACCCUUGGUUCCUGCAAUAAGAGUCUUCAAGAGCUUUCCUCUAAAUGGGUUUUUGGUUUUUUUAACUCUCUAUUUCGUUGUUGUGAGGAAUCCCAAUUUCAGUAGGUACGUAAGGUUUAAUACUAUGCAGGCUAUUGUGCUAGAUGUGCUUUUGAUAUUCCCUGAUUUGUUAGAGAGGAGUUUUAACCCAAGAGAUGGGUUAGGGUUGGAUUUGAUGAUGAGUUUGGAUAGUACUGUGUUUUUAUAUCUUUUGGUUUGUUUGAUUUAUGGGUCUAGUGCUUGUUUGCUGGGACAAGUACCUAGGUUGCCCAUUGUUGCUGAGGCUGCGGAUAGGCAAGUUCUUUGAAUUGAACAAAUACCCAAUUUAGGAUGGUGUUGUUGAUUGCUGCUGUAAUAAAUUUGUCAUUUUGGUAAAGGAAGAUAAAGUAGUAAUGUUUAUCAUACAUCAGGAUAUGAUAUUUUAAGUAAUUUUGCUGGCA